AGGUGUAUAAAACACAGCUUGUAAACUGCUUGCAAAUCAGAAAAUUGUACCAAGACUCAGUUCAACAGACUCUUCAUAGACUUUGCUAACUGGUAUAUUCAAAAUGCUUGGCAUUAAGAUAUUGAUCCCCGCUGUCUUGGCUCUUACUCUGGUGCUCAUAUCCUACAACACCGCAGAUGCGUUCUUUGCGGGCCCAGGGAGCUGCUGUAUCAGUUAUUCAACCAAUAUGAUACAUUUAAGAGCAAUCAGGACAUACACAAAACAGGAAUCCACUGGUCUCUGCAAUAUUGAUGCCAUCGUAUUCCACACGAGAAGAAAUCUGAAAAUCUGUGCCGAUCCAAGGGUUAAGUGGGUGAAGCGACUGAUUAAUCGUCUGAGCAAGAGAAACAAGAGGAAGACGAGAAAACAAUGAAGACAGUCAUCGCAAAGUCUUAAUACAUCGUAAUCUUCACAAGAACAUCAUUGAGAUGUGAAAAAAAGUUGAUUCAUGUUGCAUCUAACUAUAAACAUCUUGCUUUGUUUUAAAGCACAAGACCAGUUUUUCCUCUAUUUCGUAUUGAGGGAGAACACAAAUGUAACCGCUCUCUAGGGUUUUUCUAGUUUAUUUAAACAACGAUUUAAUAUGCUUAAUGUUUGUCCUUGCUUGGGUUGUUGUAUGUGUAUUUAAACCAUAAGCUGUAGAUGAGAAAUGGUCAAUAUAAUGUGUUCACUUGUUUGUUGUUUGACAUGCACUGACAGUUGGAUUGUAGUGAAACCACUGCACAAGUUAAAGUUUUUUUGUUUUGUUUGUCAUUUAAGUUUUUGCAGUAGAUAGCAACACAGCUUCAUAAGCUGUCUGUCACAUUCUCGAGCAUGGUAAAAAUGACAUGAAAAUUACACUUCCAGUCUGGAUUUGUGUUUUAGCCAUGAUAGAAAAUGUCUAAAAGAUGGGAAAACUGUGACUCACAAAUGGUAUACUGGCUGAUUUACUUUUGAUUGGAGAUGUUACUAUGGAUCAUAUGCAUAGAGAAAUAUGAAUCCAAAACAAGGUCUAGACAAAUAUUAUUUAUAUGGAAUAUAGUUAAUUCAGUUAAUGCUUUCUCAAGGGAAAUAUAAGCUCCUGCAAUACAAUGUAGAACAAUAUACAUUUUAUAUGCAGAAACACAUCAAAAGCUGUGUGUGUUGCUCUGCUCAACGACAAUAAAUUAUACAUAUAAAUAAAUUACACACUACUGCCAACUAAAGAAAAACUGGAAGAAAUCCAAAAACAACAAUGUGCUUUAUUGACUCCAAUUCUAAACCUUAUCAGGAUAUCCAAAAUUGUAUACACAAGCUGAUAGUGUGUUAGUUUUAAAUGUCUACGUAAGACUUAAGUUAUCAAUAAACAUAUCUCGCUAUCAUUAACUCCAGAUACCAGUGCUUACAGAAACUAGUGGGAUUUUUUCAUAUUUCGAAACCAAAGAUCAUAUUAGGGGUGUGUGUGUGUGUUUGCGUGUGCGUGUGCGUGUGUGUGUGUGCGUGUGCGUGUGCGUGUGUUGCAGGGUAAAUUGUGUUGUCUUUUUUUGUAUAUUUUUGUAUAUGUUGCAUAUAAAGUACAAUUGAUUAAUUAAAAUUGUUGUUGAUCUUUCUUGUCUUUAGCGAUUACCCAACUUAACCACUCUCCAAAAAUUAGGACAGGAUGUUAUUGUCAAAUAUUGCUUCGUACACUCGAACAUCUGCAUGUUGGUGAAGAAAUGCAGAAAACAUCCUAAUACCUACACCAAAAAGUAUAUAAGCAUCAACCUCAAUUUUCAACCACUCUUACC